AUGAAGCAAGCGAACGCCUUGCACGACCGCCAGGCGGAAUCGCAAUCGAAGUCGUGCCUCGAGAGAAUCGAGAAGGCCGAGAAGAAGAGCAAGGAGGUGGUCGCGCCACCGGUCCAGCAGAUGAUUGCCGCGGCAGAGCCUGGCCAGGCUGCACCUGCUGCAGGUGCAGCCCCUGCGGCUUCGGCCGUGGCACCAGAGCAGCCAAAGGGCUUGGACCCUGCGCUGGCAACGAAGCGGCUGAUGAGCAUCGUCAAGGAUGUGAUUGCCGCAGACGACGAAAUUACCGCCGACAGUCCGCUUAUGGAAGCUGGUAUGGACAGUCUGUCGUCCGUCCAGCUCGUCACGGAGGUGUCCAAGGAGUUCCAGAUGACCCUGUCGCCAUCUUUGGUCUUCGACUUCCCGAAUGUGUCGGCUAUCGUCAACCACCUCGUGGAAGAGAGCCAGGGAUGA